UUUUCGGAAUACUUUUUCGGCAAGUCAUAGAUGGAGUUUUAAGCUAAAUGAUGCAUGGUGUGGAAUUUUGAUCCAAGUAGAACCAUUUUUUUCAUGACACAAAUGUUAAUUUUCCCCCAUUCUAGAACAAUAUUCCUCUAGCUCGAGACUAUGAAGAGGAAUCUUCAAAAGAACAUGGCCUUCAAUAAUUCUUUCCUCUUUUUUUUUUUUUCCAUUAUCAAACAAAUUAUUCUCUUCUCAUUCAUUUCUUAGUUGGGAUGCCUUCAUUUGUAAUAUGAUGUGGUUGCUGAAUAUUACAGCUAAUAUAUAUUCCAUGAUCAAGUUUCUAUGUUUCUUAGUAAGAAACUUUUUAGUAAUGAUUACCGUGUUGACCAACUAAUAAUCCAUUCUCGCAAACAAACAAAAGAUUUUCUCUCCGAAGAUCUGGAUAGAACACUCAGCACAAAAAAGUUAAUUAGGCAUGACGAUCUAACACUUAUAUGACAUAUCAUUAACACUACGACAUAUUGACGACUCACACCUAAAUUCCCCCCCCCCCCCCUCACAAAGCUGCUCCAAAAUUGGCUUGGUUCCAAGAUGUAGAACUAUUAGUACCGUGUCCAAAUUGCACAAUAAUUCUUGCUAAGAAGAAUGCCCAUGUUACAAAGGAUGGAUGAUUGUUUAUAGCAUUGGAGUAGUACUCUUAGUAACAGCUCGAAACUCAUGAUUGGCACGAUAUGAUAAAGAAUUUCUCCAUACUUUCCCAUAUACUAAAAAUCUUCCUACGCUCAACAUCGACAAGACCAACAAGACGAUUAUGCGGCGACUUUCAGAGCAUCUAAAAAAGAGUAGCUUUUUUCAUGUAUGAUGAUAGGGUCCAAAUUCAAAUCAUUAUAAUCACUCGUGAUCCCAUUAAAAAAAUUGUUAACUACUUCAUCUAGACGCGGAAAACAAAGAAUUAACGAAACUCCUGCUCAUCAUCAUCUCAAAUAGGAAACAAUCCUCUUCUCAUUUUAUUUCUUUACACUAUUUCGAAUUGUUUUUUUUUUAGUUUUGUCGAACGAUCGUUAUCACUCAAUAGAAACUCGCCCAAAAUUAAAAAGUUUUAGGAUUAUAUAGGUACCUAUAGCUAAUUAACUACUUCAUAAAAGAGCAAAAAUAUGAGUAUGGAUGACACUUGUUGGGUGGCUAUGUGAGUGUGUGUCACUGUAUUGUAAGAACCCCGCAGAGAGAAGUAAUUUACUCAUAUGCCCCUUCCCCUUCAAAAUCUCGUUUCUCGGUCCAUCCGUUCACGAAUAUCAAGGAAAAUAAUAAUAUUAAUGAUAAGCAAAUAAUAAUUUAUAAGUAAAAAAAUACAUUAUUCCUUUUCUUGUUCGCCCUUCGGCUUCGGGGGGAAAUCAGGAAAAUCCAUUUUAUUUUCCAGUUAUUAAAUCUUUAUUUUUAAAUGAUAAAAUACAUAUAUAUGUCUUCUGGAGUUUGUGGUGGUAACUGGGAAAAUUCUAUUUAUACAAACCCCACUCCCUUCCUUCCCUUCUUUCUUCUUCUUCUUCUUCUUCUUGUUGAAGGGGUUUCUCUUUGUUUGUUAUUAUAUAAAGCCUCUCGUUUUUAUCAUUGCAGUGGAUUUUCUCUUUGCUUUCUCCAGAGGCACGAGGAGGGAGACAGAGCUGAAAAGGAAUUCUAAUGGAUGCUUCGAUCUACGCCUUCUUCAGUCUCCAAUAUAUCUCGUUGGAAACCUGAUAUUACCCAUGUAAGAAAACUUGCAAACAUAUCAUUUUCUUUCCCAUUAGGAAUUUCCAACUCAUCUCUGUCUAUCUGCUUAUUGAAUUGAGUUCCUGACUCGGUGCUCCCAUCUUUUUUGCUUUUACUGUUAUUGGGUUCGAUUCUCUGGUUGUUCUUUUGAACGGGUUUCUCGAAAUGCAGUCAUGUGAUCUCUCUAAUUCUCGUUAAUGGGGUAACUUGUUUCUGUGUUUGUGGCGUUCUUUUUGUGGGAGGGGGGGCUUAGCUGGGGUUUGCAUAUUGGCGUUGUUUAUGGAAAAAGGAUAAUGAAAGCGUUUUUUUGUGGAAUUGGAAGGAAGAUAGGUUCAAUGGGCUGGAGGAGGAAGAUAUGGGGAUUCAUGUUGGAUCUCGUGAUGUGUAGUUUAUUAGUUAUAUUGUCACUCCGUCCAUGUUCUUUUAAUUCUUAAUAAACCCCUCUCUGUUUUGCUGCCAAAAGAAAAAAAAAAACCACCCUUGAGUUCUGUGUUGUUCUUCACAUCUAUCUACUCCUUGUUUUACUGAUGGUAUUUUGUUCUCAUUUCUAUUCUUCUCAGCUCCUUGGGAUUGCUUCUUCUGGUGUGGAUUUCGAUGGUGGUGGCAGGUUAACUGGGACCUUCAAAAGCUGUUUUCUUUGAUGGGUUGAACUCAAGCAGGGUAGCAAUGGGCAGCUUGAGUGAGGAAGAAUUCCGGUUUUUCGAUGCUGCUGAUGAUAUUGCAUCGACAAUCUCUGGUGGCAGUAGUGACAUCUUUGAUUGCCAGCAGAGUUUGGGAGAUAUCAAUUCAGCUGCCUCUAGCCCUCGUUAUGCAUUGUGGGCCGACGCCCCCAAAAGUGUGGAGGAACGACGAAACAUGUUUUUGAAGUGGAUGGAAGUUGAAGGUUCAUGCCCAGAUGGAGAUUUGCCCAGUCCAGGAGGAAGCGGGAUUAAUAGAAUGAUUGAAAGUAGUGGGGCUGUGUUGAGGAACUCUUGUUAUGAAGGCGAGUUUUGUUCGACAAGGUCUUCAAGUGCCAUUCUUCUGGAGGAGUUGGGCUCGGCUCAAGAGUUCGUAGGUAGAGAUGGGAAUUCAGGUGGAGGGCUGGCUUCUAUUGUAGAUGAAAGUCAUGACCUUUAUUCACCAUAUUUAGCAAGAGCUAGGGAAUGUAGUAGUAAAGCUUCUGGCUCAUCGCCUCCUUCACUUCUUCAGCUUCAGCCGAACUGUGAGAGAUCCAAUGAUAGUAGCACAAUCAGCAGCACAGCUUCCAAGACAGAUAAAAAACGGUGGUUGAGCAGGUUGAGGUCAAUGGCAUGUGCUGUGGAUGGAAGAACACAGGCUGAGAGGACGAGCCAUUCGGUUGAUGAUUCACUUUUGUAUAGGACACGGAGGGUGAAAGUUAGGCAAUCUGGGAAGCAAGUAAAGGAGCUCUCUGCACUCUAUAGUGGGCAAGAUAUCCAGGCUCACAGGGGCUCGAUCUUGGCGAUGAAAUUUAGUCCAGAUGGGCAGUACCUGGCAAGUGCUGGUGAAGAUGGGAUCGUGAGAGUAUGGCAAGUUCUUGAAGAUGAUCGAUCGAAUGAACGUGAUAUUCCAGAAAUAGAUCCUUCAUGCAUCUACUUCACUGUGGAUCAUUUAUCCGAGUUGAAACCCCUCAUUAGUAAUCAAGAGAAGACGGUUAAAAUGAGGAGUUUGAGGAAGACAUCGGAUUCUGCUUGUGUGAUUUUCCCUCCUAAAGUUUUCAGAAUAUUGGAGGACCCAUUGCAUGAGUUUGUUGGUCACAGUGGAGAUAUCUUGGACUUGUCAUGGUCAAAUGAUAGUCAUUUACUGUCGGCUUCAGUUGACAAAACUGUUCGUCUAUGGCAAGUAGGAUGCAAUCGAUGCCUUGGGAUCUACUCACAUAGCAACUACGUUACUUGUGUUCAGUUUAAUCCUGGGGAUGAUAAUUACUUCAUGAGUGGUUCCAUAGAUGGGAAAGUUCGGAUUUGGGCAAUUUCUGGUUGCCAAGUUGUUGACUGGGUCGACAUUAAAGAAAUAGUUACAGCAGCUUGUUAUCGUCCAGAUGGGCAGGGAUUGAUUGUUGGCUCAAUGACAGGCACUUGCCGCUUGUAUAAUAGGACUGACAAUCGCUUGCAAUUGGAUGCACAAGUGUGCUUAAACACCAAAAAGAAGUCACCUGGAAAAAGAAUAACUGCCUUCCAGUAUUCCCCACAAGACUCGGACAAGGUAAUGGUGAGCUGUGCCGAUUCACAAGUCAGGAUACUGAAAGGGCUCAAUGUGAUUGCCAAAUACAAAGGCUUGAGGAACACUGCGAAUCAUGUAUCGGCACGGUUUACUUCAGACGGAAAGAAUAUAAUAUCAGCUUGUGAGGAUGCCAAUGUUUAUAUGUGGGAUAGUUUUGGCUUGGAAGACUCAUUCUGCCCAAAUGGUAAAAACAUCAAGUCUUGUGAGCGGUUCUCUGCUGAUGCAUCGGUUGCACUGCCUUGGUCUGGUUUCAAGAAGUCUUGGAACUCGGAAAAUGGAGAAUCUCUGCCUUUUUCUUCGCCUGCAAGUUUCAAUCUGGGUCAAGAAUACUACCUCGAGUCCUAUCCCAAAGGUUCAGCAACCUGGCCAGAGGAAAAGCUUCCAAGAUCAAGCCCUUCAUCAGCCACGCCAUUAGCAUCGAUGCAUAAAUCCCAGUACAAGUUUCUGAAAGCUUCAUGCCAGAGCACUGCUGGCUCUCAUGCAUGGGGUCUUGUCAUUGUGACUGCAGGGUGGGAUGGCAGGAUUCGAUCUUACCACAGUUACGGCCUGCCAGUUCCAACCUGAGAUUGUUCUUGGUUUUCCGGAGGAUCAACCUGGUGUUCACUGUCUCAGGCGUGGAUGCAUUAUGCUCGAAUCUCGAUGCUCAGCUGGGCCCAUGUCUGAUGAACGCUUAGGCAUGACAAGUGGUGGGGUAUGGUUGGCUACAAACAUAGACCUACUUGGGAAUGGAUUUUUCUCAUUCGUCAACUAAUGGAAAGAUAUGCAGAGGUCAUGUCUCAAGAAGAGGAGAGGCCAGUAUUAGAUACAUUAUUCUUCUUUAUCCAUAUUGGAGGCAGGUCGUGGGUCAGCCACUUCACAACAAGAUGAGGGGUACCAAAACCUGGUGGCUGGAGUUCGUUUUAGGGGCAGGAAAUGGUGGGGGUUAGGGAGCUUCACACCAUUACAACAUAUAUUGGCGGUUCUGAUAUGAAUGAUUGAAUUGCUCUUGUCUGCCAUUUCUUGCUUUCAAGGUAGGGUAUAUGCUUCACCUGACCGGUGGGGGCAUCAAUUUUGAGACGUCAGCAUCUACUUGACUUCUUAUCGGAAGUUCAUCGAAGGUGGCUGCCAGCAUCUACUCAUAACUCAUAUAUCCAAACCAUCGAUGGAAGUCCAGCUGCAGUCGAACCAGUAUCAAAUUUUUUGAAUGUUGCUUUCAACAGAGUUGAUGAUCUCUGUAUGUGUUUAUUUUCCUCCCUCUUUUUGCAGUUACUGCUCUUGCUCACAGGAUUUUUGUACAUGUAUCUUUGUAUUCUUAAGCUUAUUCUAAACCCCCUCCCCUUUCAUUCGUCUUGGAUUAUGUCCAUCCUGUUUUCUGGAGAAAGUAUGAAGAGAUGAAAUUCAUGCCUGAACAUGUAGUUCUGGGCAGCAGAUGUUUUUAAAGGUUUGUCCUUUGGUGUAAAUUGUAAAUGUUAUGGAAAGGAGAAGAAAAGGAAAAAAAAAAAAAAAAAAGAGUUGUGAUCACCAUUUUGGCUAUGUACACUCUUCUGUCCUGUGUUGUGGUUGGAUUCUUUAACUUGUAACUAUCCUGGGAAAGUUUCCAGUAUCUGGUUCAUCAAGUUUCCAGCUUUCUAGUUACUGUAUUUUGUAGUUUUGUCAUUUACACCAAAAUCAGGUACCUCAUGGAUUUUCUCUCCAGAAAGUACCUCCUGCAACUUUCUGCUGACAGAGUGUCACUAAAUAUGCUGUCCACAGAUUCCUUUCCAGAAAAUAAUAGAGGAUGGGGUGAAUUGUCAUCAUUGAAAGAUUUAAGAGUUUAGAAAGGACACUUUCUUUCUCAGGCUUUCAGAAUGAGGGAUAGCCUAAAAACUCAGCAGACUAACAAAUGAUACCAUUCCAUUCCAAUCCAAGCUUUGGUAUCCCUCCACCACCAGCUCAGCUUAGGAAAGAGAUAAAGAAAGAUACAAUAUAUAAUUAGUGGAAGAGGAGGAUCAAAGUCAGUGAUAAAAGAACAACUCACAGGGGAGAAAUAGGAAAAAGAACCAAUGCCCAGAAUCCACAGAAGAGGUCUUUUAGGCUUUUACAGACAAGACAGGACAUGAGUUGAAUGAAUGAUGCCCAACUUU